AUGGCGGCGGCGGCGGCGGGCAGCGCGGAGCCGUGCGGGGCCGGCCCCGGCGGGCGCCCCAGGCCCUGGCCGCAGCCGCACGCGCCCCUGGCCGCGGGGCCGGCGCUCGUGGCGUGCGGCGACGAGCUGGUGGCCGCCGUGUGGCCCUACCGGCGCCUGGCGCUGCCGCGGCGCCUGACGGUGCUGCCGUUCGCGGGGCUGCUGUACCCGGCCUGGCUGGGCGCGGCGGCCGCCGGCUGCUGGGGCUGGGGCAGCGGCUGGGCGCAGGUGCCCGAGGCCGCGCUGCUCGCGCUCGCCGCCAUCUGCCUGGCGCACGCGCUCACCGUGCUCUCGGGCCACUGGUCCGUGCACGCGCACUGCGCGCUCACCUGCACCCCGGAGUAUAGCCCCAGCAGGGCUACCCUGGUGAAGGUGGUGCCCACGCCCAACAACGGCUCCACAGAGCUGGUGACCCUGCGGCGGGAUGAGGGAGAAGAUGGCCAGGAGGUGCUGUGGUUCGAGUUCCAGAAGAUCAAGUACUCGUAUGAUGCCCUGGAGAAGAAGCGCUUCCUGCCAGCCGCCUUUCCUGUGGCCAACGCCUUCGCCUUCUAUCAGAGCUGCCGGGGCCUGCAGGAUGCCACCGAGGUCCGCGCAGCCGAGAAGAAGUUCGGGAGCAACAAGGCCGAGAUGGUGGUGCCCGACUUCUGGGAGCUGUUCAAGGAGCGAGCCACGGCGCCCUUCUUCGUCUUCCAGGUCUUCUGUGUGGGGCUCUGGUGCCUAGACGAGUACUGGUACUACAGCGUCUUCACACUGUCCAUGCUGGUGGCCUUUGAGGCCUCGCUGGUGCAGCAGCAGAUGCGGAACAUGUCGGAGAUCCGUAAGAUGGGCAACAGGCCGCACAUGAUCCAGGUCUACCGCAGCCGCAAGUGGAGGCCAGUGGCCAGUGACGAGAUCGUGCCCGGGGACAUCGUCUCCAUCGGCCGCUCCCCACAGGAGAACCUGGUGCCGUGUGACGUGCUGCUAUUGCGAGGCCGCUGCAUCGUGGACGAGGCUAUGCUCACCGGGGAGUCAGUGCCGCAGAUGAAGGAACCCAUCGAGGACCUCAGCCCCGAGCGGGUACUUGACCUCCAGGUGGACUCGCGGCUCCAUGUCAUUUUCGGGGGCACCAAGGUGGUGCAACACAUCGCCCCCCAGAAGGCCACCUCGGGCCUGAAGCCGGUGGACAACGGCUGUGUGGCCUACGUGCUGCGGACUGGCUUCAACACGUCCCAGGGCAAGCUGCUGCGGACCAUCCUCUUCGGCGUGAAGCGAGUCACCGCCAACAACCUGGAGACCUUCAUCUUCAUCCUCUUUCUCCUGGUCUUUGCUGUGGCCGCGGCUGCCUAUGUGUGGAUCGAGGGCACCAAGGACCCCAGUCGCAGCCGCUACAAGCUCUUCCUGGAGUGCACCCUCAUCCUCACCUCCGUUGUGCCCCCCGAGCUGCCCAUCGAGCUCUCGCUGGCCGUCAACACCUCGCUCAUCGCUUUAGCCAAGCUGUACAUGUACUGCACCGAGCCCUUCCGUAUCCCCUUCGCCGGCAAGGUGGAGGUCUGCUGCUUUGACAAGACGGGGACCCUCACCAGUGACAGCCUGGUGGUGCGUGGAGUGGCCGGGUUGCGGGAUGGGAAGGAGGUCACACCCGUGAGUGGGCUCCCUGUGGAGACGCACCGGGCCCUGGCCUCCUGCCACUCGCUCAUGCAGCUGGAUGAUGGCACGCUGGUGGGUGACCCUCUGGAGAAGGCGGUGCUCACGGCCGUAGACUGGACCCUGACCAAAGAUGAGAAAGUAUUCCCCCGAAGUAUAAAAACUCAGGGGCUGAAAAUUCACCAGCGCUUUCAUUUUGCCAGUGCCCUAAAGCGAAUGUCCGUGCUGGCCUCCUACGAGAAGCCGGCCUCGUCUGACCUCUGCUACAUCGCCGCCGUGAAGGGGGCCCCCGAAACCCUGCACUCCAUGUUCGCCCAGUGCCCGCCCGACUACCACCACAUCCACACGGAGAUUUCCCGGGAGGGCGCCCGCGUCCUGGCGCUGGGCUACAAGGAGCUGGGGCACCUCACCCACCAGCAGGCCCGGGAGGUAAAGCGGGAAGCCCUGGAGUGUGGCCUCAAGUUCGUGGGCUUCGUCGUGGUCUCCUGCCCACUCAAAGCCGACUCCAAGGCCGUCAUCCGGGAGAUCCAGAAUGCAUCGCACCGGGUGGUGAUGAUCACGGGGGACAACCCGCUCACAGCCUGCCACGUGGCGCACGAGCUGCACUUUAUCGACAAGCCGCAUACCCUCAUCCUGCAGCCGCCCCCUGCGAAGGGGGGCGCCUGCGAGUGGCGAUCCAUAGACGGCAGCGUGACGCUGGCCCUGGCGCCCAGCUCGCCCAGGGCCCUGGCCGAGAAGCACGCGCUGUGCCUGACUGGCGACGGCCUGGCCCACCUGCAGGCCCAGGACCCCCAGCAGCUGCUGCGGCUCAUCCCCCACGUGCAGGUGUUCGCCCGCGUGGCGCCCAAGCAGAAGGAGUUCGUCAUCACCAGCCUGAAGGAACUGGGAUACGUUACCCUCAUGUGCGGGGACGGUACCAAUGACGUGGGCGCCCUGAAGCACGCCGACGUGGGGGUGGCGCUCCUGGCCAACGCCCCCGAACGCGUGGUGGAGCGGCGCCGGCGGCCCCGGGACAGCCCCGUAUUUACCAACAGCAGCCUCAGAGCGACGUCCAGGGGAGCCAGGCAGAAGGGGGCACCCCCUCCCCCUGAGGACCCGGCCGCCUCCCAGCGGGACCGCCUGAGCCAGGUUCUGCGGGACCUUGAGGACGAGAGCAGCCCCAUCGUGAAGCUGGGGGACGCCAGCAUCGCUGCCCCCUUCACCUCCAAGCUCUCCUCCAUCCAGUGCAUUUGCCACGUGAUCAAGCAGGGCCGCUGCACGCUGGUGACCACGCUGCAGAUGUUCAAGAUCCUGGCCCUGAAUGCGCUGAUCCUGGCCUACAGCCAGAGUGUCCUCUACCUGGAGGGCGUCAAGUUCAGCGACUUCCAGGCCACGCUGCAGGGGCUGCUGCUGGCCGGCUGCUUCCUCUUCAUCUCCCGCUCCAAGCCCCUCAAGACUCUGUCCCGAGAGCGACCCCUCCCCAACAUCUUCAACCUGUACACGGCGCUGACGGUGGCGCUGCAGUUCUGCGUGCACUUCCUCAGCCUCGUCUACCUGUACCGCGAGGCCCAGGCCCGCAGCCCGGAGAAGCAGGAGCAGUUUGUGGACCUGUACAAGGAGUUCGAGCCCAGCCUGGUGAAUAGCACCGUGUACAUCAUGGCCAUGGCCAUGCAGAUGGCCACCUUCGCCAUCAACUACAAGGGCCCCCCCUUCAUGGAGAGUCUCCCAGAAAACCGGCCGCUGGUGUGGAGCCUAGCCCUGUCCCUGCUAGCCGUCGUGGGCCUCCUGCUGGGCUCCUCGCCCGACCUCAACAGCCAGUUUGGCCUGGUGGACAUCCCGGUGGAGUUCAAGCUGGUCAUCGCCCAGGUGCUGGUCCUGGACUUCUGCCUGGCACUGCUGGCUGACCGCGUCCUGCAGUUCUUCCUGGGGAGCCCGAAGCUGAAAGUGCCUUCCUGAGAGGGCGGACCUGGCACCCGCCACCCGGACUGAGGGGACCCUGGGGGGGCAGAGCCACCAAUCAGCGCCUCUGGUGAAUAAAGAAGCAUCUGUGAUUUUAGAA